UGUUGAGGCUCAAUUUCCGCGCCUAAAAUUAAACGCGGUCCCAAAACGCUGACAUCACCAUCUUUCACCUCUGCGCAAGUUUCGACACCACCACUCGAAAAGCAACAUAACCCUUUCAUACUGGCUGGAUAUAGCAUAGUCGUUACAUCUAAUAUUUAUUCGAUGCGCACAUACUCUAAUAACCGCUUGUAGCCAUGUGUAGCUAGGUUGCUUGCUACCUUAUCGUCUUUCGCGGCUCAACCUACUAUUAACUUGCCCUACAAAAUGGUCUUCACAUAACCUCAGCCCUUCAUCGCGCGAAAUGAACGGCCGCAGAUGGAUUCAAAGAAGAAUGGUGAUAAGUUGCCAGGUAUCGACAUGGAAAACUCAUCUUUGAGCAUUCCAGAUCCGUUACAAAACAACAUGGAUACCGCUUGUUCGGGAAGUAGCGGGGAGACCGCAGAAGUCCCUCCGGCUCUCCCCCCUCGCCCUACCAUCGUCAGUUUCGAAAAACAACAAGUUACAGCGGGAUCGUCUUCGAAAAUAAGACCUUCGUCGAUGCAUAAUUUACAGUCAAAACCUACGACUGCCUUGUCCAUAACAGAUAUCAACACUCAGAACAUGCCUGAUGGCUCCAGCGAUCUAUAUGCAUCAACGGCUGGGAAAGUCGUCCCUGGGGUGACUAUAGGGUCUAGGUUAAGUGGCACUUAUCUGAGAAGCCGCAGGGGAAGCGAUGCUGGCGAUUCUAUAAGUGUACGGAGCUUCGUCCCUGGCGGCGAGAACUCCGAUGACGCUAGUCUUUUCGGGGACUUUCCCGUAAUUGGAGGCGAGGAGUUUUCAUGGACUGAGGGUGGGGAGCAUGCGGGAAAUCGAGACUUAUUGGAGUCUGAGGAUGAAGAAGUGGACUAUGAUUUCGAAAAUGAGUUCGACGCCGUCGAUGAAGUUGAACCUGAUGGUUCCAAUUCAAAGCGCAUUGUCGAAGCAUGGAAGAAGAAAAGAAAACAUUUCCUUAUUUUAUCGCAGGCAGGAAAACCAAUAUACACAAGACACGGCGAUAGUGGGUUGAUUUCCGACUAUAUUGGCAUUAUUCAAACGAUCAUAUCCUUCUACGAAGAGUCUGGAGACGCCCUGAAAAGUUUCUCGGCUGGGAAGGCGAGAAUUGUUAUUUUAUCUCAAGGACCAUUAUACCUGGUUGCUAUCAGUCGCCUUUUCGAGAGCGAUACCCAGCUAAGGAUGCAACUGGAGGCAUUAUACAUGCAAAUUCUAUCCACUUUGACACUUCCAAGUCUAAACCACCUGUUUUCUAUCCGACCAUCGACAGAUUUACGCCGCCCUUUGCAAGGAACAGAGUCUCUUCUCUCAUCAUUGGCCGAUAGUUUCACUAGAGGCUCUCCGUCGACUCUCCUCUCUGCUCUCGAAUGCCUUAAAAUCCGAAAAUCACAUAGACAAACCAUAAACAACACUCUUUUAAACACUAGGGCUGAAAACCUAUUGUACGGGCUUGUCGUCGCAGGGGGCCGGCUUGUGAGCGUAAUCAGACCAAAGAAGCACUCGUUACAUCCAGGAGAUCUACAACUGAUAUUUAACAUGAUUUUUGAAGCCGAUGGGGUGAAAGCUGGUGGCGGAGACAGCUGGAUUCCUGUUUGCCUGCCAGGCUUUAAUAGCAGUGGCUAUUUGUACAUGUAUGUCAGUUUCCUUGAUCUGCGUGGUGAUGAGAACCAUGCUGCAAACCAAAACACGAACAAGGACGACUCCGUUGCCAUAAUUUUGAUUAGCCCGGACAAGGAAAGCUUUUACGCACUUCGGGAGAUGCGUGAUUCGGUAGUCGAGCAAAUGGCGAAAAACGGCAGCAUAAACGUAAUUAAAGCCGCAAUCGACAAAGGUCGACCUACCACCACGGACAUCAUACCUGGAACCGUCUUACGGCAUUUCCUCUACAAAUCAAAAGCCAAUGUCCAAUUUUCGAUGGCCUCAUAUCAUCCGGACUUCUCAACGAUUUUGGGGAGACGCAGACUCUUAUCAACCUACCAUUCCCUUCAUUCUAGUGUUCACGCAAAACAUGCGCACGUCAGGGUCGAGCAUAGGAUAACGAAUUCCAUGAAUGCCCUUGCUUGGAUUACGCCUGUAUUUGAGUUAUAUUGUGUUGCCGGACCGAAUAGUAAUCGGAACGCUCUUUCGCAAAGUACAAGCAAAAUCGCUCAGUGGGCACAGCAGGAAGGAGAGAGAUUGUUUAUUAUUGGUGGUGCUGUAUUUUAAAGCUAUUUUUCUCGUCAACAUUUCAUACACUUUCUUGUUAUUCGCCUUGCCCUUGGAGACAGCCCUGACGCAAUAUCCUUCAUCGUCCUCAAAGAUCCUGAUGGGCGUGGGUUGGGCCGGGACGGAAGGAGUUGGUAGUAUUAUAACGGGAUUGUUAUGAAAGAUUCAUUUUUUACCAUGUAUGGAAAUUCAGGGGCGAUUUGUCUCCAAAGGUACAACCAGAGCGCUGAGAUAUCAAUAAUUCCUACUACCAGACGAACCGAAAAAAAAAGGGGUUGGAACUGCUUCUAAACAAAGAGAUUACACGCUCUGAAUGUAAUGUACAUACAUCGCCCUUUGAUAAAGUAUAAGAAAAAUAAGAAAAAUAAAUGAAGAACCCGAGAGAUAUAUAUAUAGGAACAUGGGGUAUCAUGAAUAUUGUAAAAGGCUUGCGCCGCGUAGCAAUGCAUUUUUUCGAUGCCACACUUUCAUCGCCCCAGGCUUACUUGCCCUAUGGCGUAAGAUAUACUGUCAGCGGUCUAUUAGUCCGUGCGUCUAUCUAGGUAU